GGUUUGGUAACGAGAGCCGUUCACAUUGGCGCCAUAAAUCCUGAAUACAAAGCUGAGCCGUAAACCUAAUUAAACAUAUGUAACAGUUUGAGGAAUACCCUAUAGUCUCAAACGAGAUUUUUACAUAUAAAACAACAGGGAGAGGAUUUGUUGUGAAGCUGCAGGGCGGCCAUGGCUAAGGAAGUAGUGAGUAUAGCUAGCACCUCACACAAUGUGGUCUUGGUCAUGGAUUUCGGCUCGCAGUACACCCAUCUUAUAACUCGGCGCAUUCGGCAGAUGUCGAUAUGCUCUGUUUGUAUAUCCGGCACUUCUCCACUGGCUGCAGUCACAGAGGCAAAGCCGUCUGUGAUAAUUUUAUCAGGUGGCCCCCACAGCGUGCACCAGGAGGGCGCGCCUGUUCUGCCCCAGGGAUUCUGGGACUAUGUAUUGCACAAUAACAUUUUUGUACUGGGUAUCUGCUAUGGCAUCCACUUGAUGGUGCAGAUGAUGGGGGGUCAGGUAAAGCCCGCAGACAGCCAGGAAUAUGGGAGAAUGGAGAUACGUGUUCAGAAGGGGAGCAGUUUGUAUGGGGAGUCUGUAGAAGAGAGGCAGGCUGUGUGGAUGAGCCAUGGGGACGAGGUGGUCAGGUUGCCUGAAGGGUUUUCUAUUGUGGCAACAAGUCUGCAGAAUGCUGUGGCCGCCAUAGAAAAUCCAGCCAAGAGACUCUAUGGUCUUCAGUACCAUCCUGAGGUGACCCAUUCAGUAAAUGGUAUGAAGACACUACACUAUUUCCUUUUCAGUGUUUGUGGCAUUAAGGCUGAUUGGAAACUACAGGAUGUACUAGAAGAGCAAAUCCAAACAAUCAAAAAUAUGGUUGGAUCAGAGGACCAUGUUAUUUGUGCAUUAUCAGGUGGUGUUGACUCUGCAGUUGCUGCAACUCUUGUGCAUAAAGCAAUUGGAGACAGGCUUCACUGUGUUUUUGUUGACAAUGGGCUUCUGAGGUAUAAGGAGAAAGAACGCGUUUUGGCCACAUUUGAAAGUGAGCUUCAUUUGCCAGUGACUUGCGUUGAUGCAGCAAGUCAAUUUCUUAGUAAGCUGAAAGGUGUAACUGAUCCUGAAAGAAAGCGAAAAAUCAUUGGAGGCGAAUUCAUCCACAUCUUCGAUGAAUUCUCUUUAAAUCUCGAAAACAAAUUGGGGCAAAAGCCUAAAUUUUUGGUCCAGGGUACUCUUUAUCCAGAUGUAAUUGAGUCAUGUCCACCACCAGGGAGUGGGAGAAAUCAUUCCCACACAAUCAAGAGCCAUCAUAAUGUUGGGGGGCUUCCAGAGGAUAUGAAAUUGAAACUUAUUGAGCCACUUAGGUGGCUUUUCAAAGAUGAGGUACGUAAGCUAGGAGAACUUUUGAAUGUUCCUCAAGCUUUUCUUAAGCGCCAUCCGUUCCCUGGUCCUGGUUUAGCUGUGCGUAUUUUGGGGGAUGUCACUGAAGGGAAUGCUCUGGAGACAUUACGCCUGGUUGAUGAGAUCUUCAUCAAUUCAAUCAAAGAUGCAGGACUAUAUGAUUCAAUUUGGCAAGCAUUUGCUGUUUUCUUGCCGGUGAGGAGUGUUGGCGUGCAAGGUGAUCAAAGAACCCAUUCUCACGUAGUUGCUUUGAGAGCCAUAACUAGUGAAGAUGGGAUGACUGCAGAUUGGUACCAGUUUGAUCCGAAGUUCCUUGCAGAAGUUUCUGCAAAGAUUUGCAAUAGUGUUCGGGGAGUUAAUCGAGUUGUAUAUGACAUAACCUCAAAACCCCCAUCCACUGUGGAGUGGGAAUAAUCAAUGUAAAGCACUAAUUGCAUUGAGCUGCCUCCGAACUUUUGCUUAUUAUUCUGUUUAUCUUGUUUGCAUACCUUCCAGGUACAAAAGUUUUGCAGGAAAAAAUAUCUAAUAAUUUAGCUCCAUUUUUUUACCAUAUUGUAACAUAUUUGAUUUCUUCAAGGACUAAUUUUUUCUUUUCUAUAAAAAUGAACCAAAAUAAGUUCUAUACAGCUCCAUUUUUUUACCAUAUUGUAACAUAUUUGAUUUCUUCAAGGACUAAUUUUUUCUUUUCUAUAAAAAUGAACCAAAAUAAGUUCAUUUUACUCUUUCAA